AUGUACGAUGAAACAAACCACGUCAUCGGUGUCCUGAUCCUCAUCCUAAUCAUUUGCAUUAUCAUCAUAGUUCUCUUCGGAUGGGCCUAUAUAUAUUCCCAUCCCAUUCCCUCUCCCUCCGCCCUCUCAUCUCAUCAGCCCACUCCUCUCCAUCCACCAUCACAUCCAAACUCCGGCACCUAUUCUCUCGAAUCCCCAGCAUAUUCCUACCAUGAGAUUCCCCACUGAACUCACAUUGGCGCUAGCCAUGGCAGUCGGUGUUUUGGGCGGCGAAUUAGACGCCAGUGCAAGCGGCAAUACGGCAUCAACAUUGACAUCGAGCGCAACCUCCUCCAGUGCUAGCACGGCAACGGCUGCAACUACCACAACAGCUAAUCCUUAUGUUGCGUAUGGAAAUUAUGGCAAUUAUGGAAAGUAUGGAAGUUACGAAGGUUAUAAGAAGAGAGGGCAGAAGUAGUUCUAAGGUGUUAGUGAAGGUGAGUUGCUGUUUUAGAGAUGUACACAGAAAAUAAGUUAACUUGCAUAAAGACCGGAAGUCCCAGAUCGCGCUUAUCUGAGAAUUCUUUUCGGUCAAAGGCGUGUUUUCAUCUAGGGGCGAGGGAGUUGAACAGGAUGGUUUGAAGUUUUCGUUCCGUUUCGAGGAGGAUUUACUGCGUGAAUGUCAUUCGUUUCCAGCGUGGUCACGAUCAUAUGCUCAACU